CUACCUUUCCUAAUGGCAACACCAAAACCCAACAUGGGGUCUUCAAUGGCCUCUCUCACUCUCACCACUCUUGCAUUAACCUUAAUCUCCCUCACCUUCUCUUCUCAAACUUUGGCUGACAACUACAUCUACUCAUCUCCACCACCACCAUCACCAAAGCCUUACUACUACCAUUCUCCUCCACCACCUAAACACUCUCCUCCUCCUCCUUAUUAUUACCACUCUCCACCACCACCAAAGCAUUCUCCUCCUCCUCCUUACUACUACCACUCUCCACCACCACCAAAGCAUUCUCCUCCUCCUCCCUACUACUACCACUCUCCACCACCACCCAAGCAUUCUCCUCCUCCUCCCUACUACUACCACUCACCACCACCCCCAAAACAUUCACCUCCUCCUCCUUACUACUACCACUCUCCACCACCACCAAAACAUUCACCUCCUCCUCCCUACUACUACCACUCUCCACCACCACCCAAGCAUUCUCCUCCUCCCCCAUAUUACUACCACUCUCCACCACCACCAAAGCAUUCACCUCCUCCCCCAUAUUACUACCAUUCUCCACCUCCACCAAAGCACUCUCCUCCUCCUCCUUAUUACUACCACUCUCCACCACCACCAAAGCAUUCACCUCCUCCCCCAUAUUACUACCACUCUCCACCUCCACCAAAGCACUCUCCUCCUCCACCCUACUACUACCACUCUCCACCACCACCAAAGCAUCCAUACAAGUAUUCAUCUCCUCCACCACCGGUUUACAAGUAUAAGUCCCCUCCUCCUCCCUACAAGUACCCAUCUCCUCCUCCUCCACCAUACAAGUACCCAUCUCCACCACCCCCAGUUUACAAGUACAAAUCUCCUCCACCCCCAGUUUACAAAUACAAGUCUCCUCCUCCUCCUUACAAAUACCCAUCUCCUCCACCACCGCCAUACAAGUACCCAUCUCCACCACCACCGGUGUACAAAUACAAGUCACCCCCACCACCAGUUUACAAGUACAAGUCUCCCCCUCCUCCCUACAAGUACCCAUCUCCUCCUCCUCCCCCAUACAAGUACCCUUCUCCCCCACCACCGGUGUAUAAGUACAAGUCUCCUCCUCCACCAGUUUACAAAUACAAGUCUCCACCACCACCCUACAAGUACCCUUCUCCACCACCCCCACCAUACAAGUACCCAUCUCCUCCACCCCCAGUGUACAAAUACAAGUCACCUCCACCCCCAGUGUACAAAUACAAGUCACCCCCACCACCAGUUUACAAGUAUAAGUCUCCACCACCACCCUACAAGUAUUCUUCUCCACCACCACCACCAUACAAGUACCCCUCUCCACCACCCCCAGUUUACAAAUACAAAUCCCCUCCACCCCCAGUUUACAAGUACAAGUCUCCUCCUCCUCCUGUUCAUUCACCACCUCCACCACACUACAUCUACGCAUCCCCUCCUCCUCCAUAUCACUACUAGAUAGUGCUUUUGCGUAGUGUCCCUCGUGGUUAUUUAUGAAGAAUAUGUGCCAAUAAAGAACGUUGUUGAUAGAAAGAAGAUGCACUUUGCAUUCACACAAGGAAAACAACGGAAGCAAAGUUUCCGAGCGUUUUGUCUCAUAAGAAGAAAGACGUGUCAAUCCUUUUCUUUUUCGUUUGUAUUGUUUAUCCAUUAUUAUUGUGUUUGUAUACAGUUGUAAGGCACUUCUUUUGCUUUCUGUAAUUGAACAUCACAAGAAUGCAUUUUGGUUGUGACGGAAAUUUAAUAAUAAAUAAAAAAGAAUGCUUUCUCUCUC